AUGAAUACUGUUGGUCCGUAUCAUAAUCGACAAGAAACGUAUAAUUAUUUUUCACUACCGUUUUGUCGUGGUAAUAAAAAGGAAAUAUCUCAUUAUCAUGAAACACUAGGAGAAAACAUUCUUGGUGUCGAACUAGAAUUCAGUGGAAUUGACAUCACUUUUAGACGCGCUAAAGCUAAAACUGAUUUUUGUGAAGUAACAUUAACAACGGAUUAUUUUGAUGCAUUUAAAUAUGGUAUUAAAAAUCAUUAUUGGUAUCAAAUGUUUAUCGAUGAUUUACCUGUUUGGGGCGUUGUUGGUGAAAUGGACGAUUCAGACAAAGCUGCUUAUAUUUGGACACAUAAAAAGUUUGAAAUUGGUUAUAAUGGUGAUCGUAUUGUCGAAGUAAAUUUAACAUCAGAAGCAAAAGUUCGACUACAACCAAAUAUGCAGUUACCAUUUUCAUAUGAAAUUAUUUGGAAACCAAGCGAUAUUCAAUAUGCACACCGUUUUGAUAAAUAUUUAGAUACAGGAUUCUUUCAGCAUAAAAUUCAUUGGUUUUCAAUAUUUAAUUCAUUCAUGAUGGUUCUAUUCUUGGUUGGUUUAGUAUCGAUGAUAUUACUUCGUACCUUACGCAAAGAUUACGCACGUUACGGAAAAGAUGAUGAAUUAGAUGACAUGGAACGCGAUUUAGGCGAUGAAUAUGGUUGGAAACAAGUUCAUGGCGAUGUAUUCCGUCCACCAUCAUUUCCAUUAAUAUUUGCAUCACUCAUCGGAUCUGGCUAUCAAAUAGCUACUGUGGCUCUACUAUGUAUAUCAUUAACAAUGCUUGGCGAACUUUAUACCGAACGCGCUUUGUUGUUAAGUACAGCAAUAUUUCUUUAUGCAGCAACAGCCAUCGUCAAUGGCUAUACCGGUGGUAGCCUUUAUGCACGAAUGGGCGGCAAACUAUGGAUAAAACAACUAGUAACAGGAGCAUUUCUAAUCCCUGCUAUUAUAUGUGGUCUGGCAUUUUUGAUUAAUUUUAUUUCAAUUUAUUAUCGAUCUUCGCGAUCGAUUCCAUUUACUGUGAUGCUUAGUGUUACAGCCAUAUGUUUGUUCAUCAUAUUACCAUUGACAGCUAUAGGCACAGUACUCGGACGGAAUAUAAGUGGUCAUCCAAAUUAUCCAUGUAGAAUAAAUGCUGUACCACGACCAAUACCGGAAAAGAAAUGGUUUAUGGAACCAAAUGUCAUUAUAUUUGCAAGUGGAAUAUUACCGUUUGGUUCGAUAUUUAUUGAAAUGUAUUUUAUUUUUACAUCAUUUUGGGCAUACAAAAUCUAUUACGUGUAUGGUUUUAUGUUGUUAGUAUUUCUUAUAUUGGCCGUUGUUACCGUAUGUGUCACUAUUGUUGCCACUUAUUUUUUACUGAAUGCAGAAGAUUAUCGCUGGCAGUGGACUAGUUUUCUUGCCGGUGCAUCAUCAUCGCUCUAUGUUUAUUUUUAUGCUAUUUAUUAUUUCUUUUUUAAAACAAAAAUGUAUGGGAUGUUUCAAACAACAUUUUAUUUCGGUUAUAUGGCAUUAUUUUCAAUUGGUUUAGGAGUUAUGUGCGGUAUGUUUGGUUUCGUUGGUACAAGUAUGUUUGUAAGAAAAAUUUAUUCAACUGUGAAAAUCGAUUAG